CACCGAGAGCACACGGCUUCUCACAUCGCCUGACUACCGACCUGGAGACAUAGAACUACUCGUACUUCUACUCUGCGUGUUAGUGUGGAUCUGACAUUCGUGCCAUUAGGAUUUUCUUUAGAUGGAGUUCAGAAGUUAUUCGAUGACAGAGACUACUUUGAGUUCCAAGAUGUCUUAUUCUCCCGUGGUGACGCAACGUGCGAAGAUGAAAAAGCGCGGGAACAACUGCAACAACAACCGGCCGCUGAGCGACGAGCCUCAGCUCAGAGUAGCGGUGGUGGGCGACUCUUCUGUUGGCAAAUCUGCUCUCUCCGUUCGCUUUCUCGCAAGAAGAUUUCUACCGGAGUAUGCGCCUGCGCAAGAGCUGCUGUACGAACGCCAGGUGGCGGUUGACGGACACCUCAUCCCAUUGGUCGUUCACGACACUGCGUCACAGGUGUCCAGUCCGAGCAGCAUCUUCCAGGCUGACGGCGUGCUGGUGCUGUACUCCAUCACCAACAAGAGAAGCUUCGACACCGCCAAGAGUUACCUGGAGAUCAUCGCCACGGAACCGGGCUUCCACAACCUUCCUACAGUUCUGGUCGGCCACAAGAGUGACUUACAGCACCUGAGACAGGUGGCCUACACGCAGGCGCAGCAGCUGGCGUGGGACGUGGGGUGCUCGUUCUACGAGGUGUCGUCCGAGAGCGGGACGGAGUCUGUGGAUCACGUGUUCCACACGCUCAUCAGACAGGUCUUAGCGUCAAGGCAAAGGAGAAAGCUCAGCAGCGGCAGCAGUAAGGACCGGCGGCAGAGAAGUAACAGCAUCACCUCCAACCUCUGGAGAAAAACGCGCGCCGCCAUCUUGGAAAAACUGCGAAGGUCAACUCUGUAGAGGUCGCGUCAUUCAGCUUCCAGGGCCAGUGUGUACAGAAUAAGUGCCCGGAAACAUGCAUGUACAGGAAUUGUGACACAGUAUGGAUAGAUGGCGAACUUCGUGUAUGAUAUAAAAUAGAAGGUUACUCUUAAUUCUGGUUACUCUUCACUACCAGAAUUACUCAAAAAGUAAAUACGAUAUAGUCAACCUGGCGUGGGGCGAACGACGGGUACUACCGCCAUUCCAACUUAUGAAGUCAGGUAAAUACUGUAGAUAGAAUUGAGAGACCGUACGAAAGAAACAGAGAUAUAUACAUGGCAAUAGAGAGACGUUAGGGAAAAAAAUUAGAUAGAUGGGCGCAACUUCAGAC